UUCCUCGGAGGUUGUUUCCGGAAUCCGCUGGAAGUGCUCCCGGUCGGGAUGCAAACCAUGCAGCUGAUUGGGCUGUGGGGUGAACCCUGGAAGGCCAUCAAGUUUGCCAUCAUCGCCUCCUGGAUGGCGUUCAUGUUCGUGGGACCGAAAACAACGCUCGAAUUUGGAGGAGAGAUCUUAUGUGCGGAUGAUCACUAUAUUGCAGGAUUCCUUCCGGGAGUGUGCUGCCGAUGGACAACCUGAGGCUUGCAGGGUAGCAAUCCUGGCCUUUAAUUGGAAGAUAUUUCGGUAUUCGAGGAUCUACGCCUGUUUCAUCGGGAGUUGUUUGAUCUUCUACGUUCCGCUUCCGAUGACGGCUACGUUUGUCAACUAUUUUAGCGCAAUGCAGACCAAUGGAUCGGUAGAGUUCGUUCUACCGUUGGAAAAUCAGUUCUACUGGUUGGACAUUCGCAACAACAUCCGUCAUUACGUGAUCUAUAUGAGUAUGUUGACCCCGGCUGUUUGUGCCUCGGCUUGUCUUAGCACCGUUAAGGGAACAGUUUUGUUCACAAUCAUCCGAUACGGAGCGACACUUUUUGAACUUGUUUCGUUGAAGAUUCAAGCACUGGGUGCUUCCUUCAAGGAUGGCUUGGAAGAUGAUAUAAACAAGAGUAACGAACGCCAUCAAGAACUACAGGAGAUCAUUCAACUUCAUCAACGGGCUCUGGAGUACGCUAAUCUGCUGGAAAGCACCAUGCAACACAUCCUACUGUCACAAUUUGUCAACUGUAUGCUCAUCUCUUGUCUGAUGAUGUUCUACAUUUCGAGUACCUACGGUCCGAAUGUCGUCAAUAUGGUGAUCUUGUUUGCCGUCCUGAUGGUGGAAGUGUUUGCUUACUGCUUCAGUGGCAACGAACUCAGCGAGAAAGCUGCUUCGGUGGCCAACGUUAUCUACUGCUAUCCGUGGUACCGUGAGCCGGUCCAGAUUCAGAAGCAGAUUCGACUGAUGAUUCAGCGCAGCCAGCGGAAGGUUGGCAUCACUGCCGCCAAAUUCUACUUUGUGGAUAUCGUCCGAUUCGGACAGGUUGUGCAGGCUUCGUACUCGUACUAUCUGAUUCUGAAGGAGAGGUUUUAAGCUGCUGUUUUGUGCUGAAUUCCUGAGAGAUAUUAUUAAUCUUCAUAUAAUUAGAAUUUGGAAUUAGUAAAAAUCUUAAGAUAAAAGUUGACAUUGUCCUCAGAAGCCUUUCGAGGAUGGCUUCAUAUAGGCUAUGAUAAUUUUUCUUCAAUGGAGACCGUCAAAAAUGGGUUGAUCAAGCUCGGAUGAUCACUCCUCA